AUGCCCUUUCUACGCCGUCGCGGCGUAAUGGCUAGUGAUACUGACAUGAGACGACACACAAUCCUUGUCGAACCUGCACCUGUUCUGCCUAAACAGACUUUGCGCAAAUCCCAGCCAGAAGCCUCGUCACAGCCUGAUAUCGUCGCGAGGGAUGUAGAAGGGACGGGUGAUAACGAAGAGAGCAAAUCCUCAGUCGAGACCGUCAGCACGCCUGCCGCUUCGGUCUCUAUAACCCCAAGUAAGGAUAGCGAAGAUCCGUAUGAUAGACCAGUAUCCCCGCCAAUUCAAGACGAAUCGUCAAAGCACCGCAGGUUCAGCAUGCUAAGGUUUCGCAAUGCCUCCGAUUCCCAAUUAUCAGCUAGGUUAAAACAGCAGCUACAAUCGGAAAAACUGCCACCAAUGCCGCAACCUCCCUCCAUCAUCACAACCGCACCCACCAUGGACAUAGACUUGCAACCUAAGAAGCAACCUCGAAUGAAAAUUCCCAUGCGAAUGCGCCGGUCCAGCGACCUCCCCAGAGGUGAUUCAGAGCUCAUGCCAAGGCUUAUGCAAUCCGCGACCUUCAAAACCGAUAAGAGAAGGAUAAUAAAUGAACGCGCUAUAUCCUCACCUAGCAAACAGACCGUGACAUUUGAAGAACCCUCUAGGCUCGGGACAUCUACAUCAUUGAACACUAAUCCUGAUGAUCAGAGCUCCGCCUUAGCUCCGCCAGCAGGGCGUUUAUCCGAAUCGUCUAGAUCAGAAAGUAGUGUAAAUGACCCUGUUAUGUCUACACCACCGUCCUUGUCAAAUCAGACGAGCUUCUUCCGCCUACGCCGUAAACAAAAACAACCGGAACCACUCUUCCCUUUGGCACAUCUACCCCAGAAGUCCAAGACACCCACACUGCCUAGCACGACUUCGUCUGCUUCACGCCAUUCAACGUCCUCUCGUCCUUCCACGGGACACGAUGGAGCUACCCCUCUAGCUUCUCCCAACCACGCUGCAAGUUUUCCGGGAAGGCCUUCAGGGUCACCGGCCACAGCAUUAUUCAGACCUGCCUCUCGAAACUCUGGGCAGUCGUCUCCAACAAGAACUCAUUUAAGCAUUAGGGGCCGGUCGUCUACGAUGAGCUCCCUUAACGAGAGCUUCGUCGACGAUCGCCAGCAUCCGGGUGCCCUGCGGACCUCGUCGUCCACCGGACGUAAAAGUUUUGGCGAUCUGUUAGGGCUCAGCCGCAUGCGGCAGAAUACUGACACGUUACGGCAUGGAAACUUAACACCGGCAACACCAGGUUCCAAUACGUCUAAGAAUAAUUCCCUACAAAUAAAUAGGGAGCCAAUUGUACUGCCUGAGCGUCGCGAAGACGAUACUCCCGCUAAGUACCUAGCACGCUUAGAGGAAGUCUUAAGCCGAGGCGUUAUUGCGAGCUCUCUAUCCAAAGAGAAUGACCCGUUCUUAGUGGCCGUAUUGCGAAGCUACAUGCGGACCUUUGGGUUUUUUGAGGAGCCUAUGGACAUGGCCAUACGAAAGCUCUUGAUGGAGGCCGAACUCCCCAAGGAGACCCAGCAGAUCGAUCGUUGCCUGCAAGCGUUCGCGAACCGCUAUCACGAAUGCAAUCCUGGAAUAUAUUCUACCCCUGAUCAGGCUUAUUUCAUAGCCUUCUCUCUUCUCAUAUUGCACACUGAUGUGUUCAAUAAGAACAACAAGUACAAGAUGCAGAAAGCCGAUUAUCUAAAGAACACGCAUGGCGAAGGUAUCUUCGACGAUAUCCUUGAGUGCUUCUAUGAUAAUAUUAGUUACACGCCGUUCAUUCAUGUAGAGGAUGAUCUUACUCUGAAUGGGGACCGUCCAGGCAGCCUAAGGUCGAAGAAGAAAUCUAUCUUCCCAAACAACACCUCAGAGACGCUACGAAGAUCAAAAGAUCCGAUCGACCCCUACACACUAAUCCUAGAUGGUCGACUAGAUACACUUAGACCACCCCUCAAAGACCAGAUCCCUCUAGAGGAACAUUACAGUUACUUAGGCACCGCCAAAAGCCUAGAUUUGAAAGAGCUACAGGAGACAUUCUUCAAAACCGGAGUCCUGCAAAUCGUAUCAGCGCGUUCCCGUCCAGACGCUUUUAUGACGGAGAAGACAGCAAAUAACCCCCAAGAAGCCCACCCCGGCAUUGUGGAUAUCAAAGUCACCAAAGUUGGACUGUUGUGGCGCAAAGAUCCCAAAAAGAAGAAGACGCGCUCACCGUGGCAGGAAUGGGGUGCAAUUCUAACGGGCGCCCAACUGUACUUCUUCCGCAACACAACAUGGAUCAAGAAUCUGAUGCACCAAUACGAGACACAUGUAAAGUCGGGGAACGACGGGAUCCCGUUGAUAUUCAACCCACCCCUGGAGCAGUUUAAACCCGAUGCUUUGAUGUCAACCCAUGGCGCCGUUGCUCUCUGGGACCUCAAUUACAGGAAACACAAGAAUGCCUUUGUGUACGUUAGGCAUGGUGGACUCGAGGAGGUACUGCUUGCUCAAAACGAGGAGGACCGGAAUGACUGGCUCGCUAAAUUAAAUUAUGCCGCCGCAUUUAGGACGUCGGGUGUACGGAUGAGAGGAGUGAUAGGCGGAAACUACGAAGGCCAAAGUCGACGUGCCAUCAGAAGACUAGACAACACCGAUGCUACCCAGUUGGUCCAGACCCCCAGCGGGGAGGUGAGCAUCAAUCGAAGUCGCAUAGAUCAUCAGAUGGCUAGAGACAUCCUCGUCGCUCGCCGUGAAGUAAUACGCAACAAGAUUGAGGAGGCCGACGAAAAGCUUCAAUCCGCUCAAAAGCUUCUUGAAACCCAAUUGAGAAAUGCUAGGCAUCUACUAAUCCUAGCCCCGAUCCAAGACAAGACGCGAGAUCAGGUUCGAGGAGGUGCUGCCAAAAUAAUUGCCCAGCUCAAGUGGUCUCGAACCGAAAUCUGGAGACUGAAAUGCCACCGGGACAUUCUAGCCUUAGAUCUCGAAGAGGAGAAAGAGACUAAUGGCGAAUUAGGCGAUGAAAAUGCCGAGUCUAAUUUGGAGGCCGAGAAGCUUCCUUUAGUGCACAAGGUUUCGAGAAGUAGUUCUUACAGGGCUCAACAACAACAACAACAACAACAACAACAACAAAGCCCACAAUCUCCAACCCGCCUUUCACAGGCUCGGUCACUCGAAUCGGUGAGGCAGGUGGGCGGAGACUCGCCAAUGGUGGAAGACUUCCAAACACCUCCAAUGACAGCUUCGGACCCGUCAUUCCACAGUAGGCAGGCUUCACGGGACGGGCCUGCCUCUAACUCCGAAUAUCAUGGCCUUAGAAAAACUUCGGUUUCGAGUGCGGCAUCCUCACUGAAACCUGUAAAUACGUCUACACCGCCUGGAAUGGCAUCCAAUCCAACACUUGGGCCAGACAAUGACGCCAUCGAUGAGCAAACUGAAGAUGAGGGCGAGCGGCAAGUCCUUGAACAAGCCGGUCUGCUUGAAAUGGAAGUAGUUCGCACGUCCAGUCAUAAGCGUAGCUCCUCUGGUAAGGUUCACGAUGAUAGUCCCGAUCGGCCCAAACGCGUGAGCGCCCCGGGAUUAGAUAAAGACGGGCUCGAACGAAUCAAGAUGCGACGCAGCCUCCAACGCACGCUCCGGGAAGGUGCCGGUCAUUUGUCACAUCACCGUAGCAGAAAGGGCAAAGACUCGGCAUCGAGUGGUGGUAUGUCGGACGAAACGGUCCGUGAGAGCGAAGUCCUCACCCGUGGGACCGGCAGUUUCACUGUUCACGGUAAGAAGGCAUCUGUUGUCAACUUUAGUAGCGAAUUGCAGAGUCUGUCGACCGAUGAACGUCUGAGACAGCGCAAGCAUUCAUGUCAGAGUGAUGAUCAUGGACCUGGUUCUUCUGGCAGUGUCGAUGACGACUUUCACUUCGUCCUUGCGGACCUUCCGAACGAAGCAGGUCGACGGGGAUCAGGUGCUAGCGCUAGUACGGCUACGGCUCGCUCGUUCCGCGAACUACACCGCAAGUAUUCGUCGUCUAGAGCGCACCGCUUCGUAUCAGGGGGAGGAUUAACAGUUCCAUCUGAUGAAGAUAGCGAUGCAGCCGUAAGCUUUUCAGAGGGUCGGAGAUCACCCUUGCCUCCAUUAGAUGACGAAGACGAAGAUGCGGAAACAAAUGCGGAAAUGCAAGCUCGAUUCUACACUCCAGAACCCCCUAGCUCCCCGGCGCAGCCAAAUGUGGCGGAAGCGGAGGGAGAGAGUGAUGAAGAGGCAGCUCAAGAGAUAGAACGGUUGCCCAGUCCGGUUAUUCAAGCAGUCAGUGCGUAA